UUUAAAUAUGGCGCAAAUAGCAACUAACGCUGCUAUUGGCAUUGGUAUCAGUAGUGUAUUGAUCACUAUUAUAGGUGCCUUUUUUUUGAAAAAAGUCCUGGGAAAACUGAAAAAUUCAAAAAAAAUCCCAACAGAAUGGGUGAAAGUCGGCACAGUGAAGGAACUGUACAUUUUUCCGAUGAAAAGCACCAAAGGAAUCAAAUCAGAAAAACUAUUUUUGACAGAAAAGGGAGUAAGGGAAAUUGACAAGAAUGACAAUACUAUUUUGUUACAGGACAGAACAUUCUGCAUCUACACUAGCAAAGACCUGGAAGUACGGUCAGCACGUCAACUACCAAAAAUCAUCCAAAUCAGCAUUCAGGCAGCUUCAAAUGGUGUAAUUUUGAAAGCACCUAACAAGGUCGACCUCUACAUAAACUUACCCAAAGUUAAAAACAAUAUCAGAGCUAAGUUUGGUAAAGAGCUGUUCACACUAACUGACUGCGGCCACAGCGUUGCUAAUUGGUUGAGCAGCUUCCUGCUAAACAAAAACGAAGGUUUGAGAUUGGGAUACGGCACCGGCAACCCUGCCAGGACUCUAGUCCGAGACAAUCCAAAAUUGGCUGGACACUAUCCAGGUUUCGAUGACACUUUGGCGGGGAUUUUCAGCGAUUACGCAGCGUUGCACGCGGUCAAUGCGGCAACAGUGCAAAAUUUAAACGAACGACUAGAGAAUGGCGUUGAUUUUAUGAAUUUUAGGCCGAAUAUUUUAAUUGAAGGACCUGAAGCUUUUGCAGAAGACCGUUGGACUUUUGUGAAAUUUGGCAACGUCGUUACAGAAUCUGUGAUGGAAUGUCCCCGUUGCAUCACUACUACUGUAUCUUCCUCGGGCGUGUUCCAUGAAGAAAGACAACCUCUGAAAACUUUGGAUUCGUACAGGAAAUCUGAAGGGCCUAUAAAAACCGGCGUUAUGGGCACCUACCAUAAAGUACUCAAAACGGGAGUGAUUCAUUUGGGAGAUUCGGUUUAUGUACCAAAAUGAUUUCUGUUUAUUUGUUAGAUUUAAAAAAUGUUAGUUGAUUAAUAAAAUUUCAUAGAUCUUUUCGAAGGAA